AAAAGGUGGGAAAAUAUGCAAUUGGCUGGGAAUGGGAAUGGGUUUCCACUUAAUUUUCUUCCCGGACGAACACCACCAAAAUCAAGAACAAGAAACCACCACCGCCGCCAUUACCACCGCCGCCGCCACCCCCACCAACAAAAAAUCCAACAAUUUCAAUCUUUUCCCAAAUUCAUCACCACUCAGGCGCAACAAUUCGAACCACCACCUCCUAAACAAAGUCCAAUCCACAAGCUCCAUCUGCUUGUUCCUCCUCUUCACACUCUCCACCCUAUAUCCCCUCCGCCGCCACCACCGCCGCCGCCCGCCUCUUUACAAGGAAUGGGCAAUUUAUACAGAAGAGGAAGCAGAGCAAUGAGGAAACCGAGAAUGUUGAAACUGUUCCUCAGGCUCUUCCACCAUCAAUGGCCGCCCCUUCCGCCGCUCUACAAGCCGCCCGUUUUCGUCAAGCCACUUCCUCCGCCUAUCCCCGUUUACACACCCACCUCUAACCCACCCGUUUCUAAACCCCCAGUUUACAAGCCGCCCAUUUCUAAGCCGCCGGUUUAUAAGCCCCCCAUUAAGCCGCCCGUUUCUAAGCCACCGGUUUACAAGCCGCCUAAGAAACCAUGCCCACCAAUAGUAAAGCCGCUAACCCGAGCCGACAGUAUACAAGCCACCCGUCCACAACCUAAGCGAAGCCGCCGGUCUCCGUGA